UCGUUUCCCUAGUAAACCCUUUCUGUCUUCUUAAACCAGCACGCCUGAAACUCAUUCAGACAUAACACGUACCCUUCAUUCGAACCACAUAGAAAUAUGGGAAAACCAAACGCCGAACCCUCCAAUCAAACACCAAUCAUCCAUUUCAGCCAUCCUCACCCUUUGCAGCUCCAACCAUCAGUCCAUCCUUCGCCCUGCUCCGCCUGCAAGCUUGAUGCCUCCGGCACCAUCUACACCUGCACAGUUUGCAACUUUCUCCUCCACCCCACAUGCUACCAAUUGCCUCAGCAAAUCAAGCACCCGUUCGACCAAAACCACGCCUUUUCUCUCCUACCAACGCCCGUCUACCCCGAGGGCCUUUUCAGCUGCGACGCCUGUGGAAACCAGGGCGACGCCUUCUCUUACCAUUGCACCCCUUGUGGGAUUGAUCUCCACACAACCUGUGCUUCGCUGCCGAUGAAGUUUACCCACCAAUGCCACCAGCACGAACUCAGCCUGGCUUUCUCAGCCCCGUAUCCUGGAAACACUUUUUCUUGCGAUGUUUGCAAGAGGACAGGCUCCAGAACCUGGAUCUACCGAUGCAGCACUUGCGAGUUCGACGUUCAUUUAACCUGUGUCGCAAGAGUAAUUCAGACAGCGACGAAAUUCAGCACGACAAGAUCAGUUAUUCCUCCGCAGCCUUCCAGUGUUUCCAUGAAUCCAACAAAUACGGGAGUUUAUGGUGCGCCUGUGCUGCAGCCAGUGGUAGUGGGGCAACCCCAGGGUCAAUUUUUAGCAACCCCGUAUAACAACAUGAACCAACCAGGUUAUGGAGCUGUCAGGCCUGUUAAUAGCGGUGGGUUGAGAGACCAACUCGCGGUUGCGGCGGUCAAUGGGAUGGCCAGCGGGGUUGCUCAGUCGGCGGCCCAGGCUCUUUUACAGGGAGUUUUCGGCGGCGGCGGCGGCGGAGGAGGAGGAGGAGGAGGUGGAGGUGGAGGUGGUGGUGGUGUGAAUUAUGUGGAUGUUAUGGGGAUGGGGGGCGGCGGUGGAAUAACGGAUGCAGGUGCAUAUUAUGAUGGUGGUAAUUAUGGUGGAACGGAUGGAGGAUAUGCUGGUGGAGAUGGCUCGUACUAUUAGGUUCAAAAGAAAUGGCUAACAUUUACGAUUUAAAUUUUACAUUACAAGUUCAUAUAUUUGAUCAUAUCAAACUUUUUGAGUUUGAAUCAAAUUUGAUUAAAUUUAAA